UUUAUUGUUUGAUUGGAACCUCUCAUUAACCCUGGUUUUCUGUGCUUUUUUCCCCUUUGAUUUUUCACUAGUUUCUUGAGCUGAUGAAAGGGUAUUUAUUAUUUUCUGGGUUUUUCAUUGUUGUGAUGUGAAAAUGAAAUCUUUGAGCAGUGUAGGGCUUGGUUUGAGCAUAGUUUUUGUUCUUCUGUUCUUAGCUUUGAUUGCCGAGUUGUAUUACCUGUUAUGGUGGAAGAAGAGAUUGACAACUAACUCAGUAGACAUUGAGAAUGAUUACAACAACUCAGCCACGGAGUUGUUCUACAUGUUUUGUUGGAAGAAAUCAGCACUGAGUCCACACGGAAUUCAACGACAGCCGUCUCACCAUGUUCAUCAUCAUCUGCAGUCCAACAAGGAUGUCUUCUUCAAUCCCUAUGGUGAUGGUGAUGAUGAUGGUGAUGAUGAUGGUUUGGGGCCACCGGGGUUAUUGUUCACCAUUGUUGAAGAAACAAAGGAGGAUUUGGAGUCCGAGGAAGGUGUGGUUUUCAGUGUUGAAACACCAUAUUUGACCCCACUUGCUUCACCUCCAUUCUUGACACCUCCUCUUACUCCAUUGGAGGCUGCUUGUGGACCAUUCAACCCUUUGUUUGAAUCAUCUAACGGUGGAGAUUCAGACACGUUGUCAUCAUCUUCUUCACCUCCUCCCAAGUUCAGGUUCUUGCAGGAAGCUGAGGAGAAGCUCCAUAGGAAGAAGAUGAUUAUACAUUAAUGGAGGAAAUAGGUAACAAUGGUGAAGAAGAUAGAAAAAAAAGGGUUCAAUGAGUCACAAAUCUCAAGUACUUUUGCUCCUGGUUCUUGUCCUUCAUCAGCAAUGGUCAAUUUCCAUUUGAAUUAACAAGAUUUUCAGUGUUUUUACCUACCAAAAACUGAAAGUGGGAGGGGAUUUGAUUUUUAAUAUUAAUCUCCAUGUCUCUCCUUAGCUGUUUGGUGGUGCCUUUGUAAUCACUUCAAUGAGUGAAUUGAUUCACUGAUCUUCUUUACUCAGAGUUGGUACUGUAAAUUUCUUACAAAACAUGUGCUUUAAAUUGCUAGAAAAUAUGAGAUUAGGAGGGCUUGUUUGUAAAAUGUGGAA